AUGACCUGGCAGAUGUUCGAAAACCUUUUCCUAGAAAAAUAUUUCCCAGCACCGAUGAAACAAGCCAUGGCCCAGGAAUUUAUGGACUUUAAGCCGCGUACCUUGACAGUAACCCAGUAUACUGCUUGUUUUGAAGAACUGGCACAGUACCGGCCCACUGAUGUUGCGAAAGCUAGGAAGUUCGAAUGGGGUCUGUCCCACUCUAUUCGUACUAGUGUGGUUUCUCAUGAGUACCCCACCUAUGCACAUGUGGUGAGAUGUGCACUCAUGAUGGAGCACAAGAAAUUUGAUUCAAAGUCGACAUGGGAGAAGCAAAAGAAGAAUGACCUCUCAUCUGGAGGACCAAUUCGCAACAAUAAUAUGGGGUUCGACACACCCAAACCCUACGCUCACCCACAGCAAUCUAACCAACCCUGGAAGAACUCGAAUCAAGAGCAAAGCAAGAAUCAUGACCAGGGAGGCAAAUGCUACCAUUGCAAUGAAGAAGGCCAUUUCAAGUUCGCCUGUCCUCGACUGAAUGGAUCUGGAAGUUUCAGAAAUGGGGAACAAUAG